CUUAUUUGCCGCGAAAUUUUACGUUUCCACCUUGGAGGAUAAAUGUUGGCACUUCUCGUUCACAAAAAAAAGUGAAAACAUUAUAUUCCCUCGAAAUAAACAUUUUGGAAAUACCCCAUUACGUUUACACACGCAAUUGCACGCGAUACCGAGUUUUAUGCUGUCACACUGACUAUAGUGGCAUUUUUAUCUAGGUCAUCAUCACUUACAUCAAAAUUAACCUUGUUUUAGAUCGGAGUCCUGCAUAAACAACGUGAAACUCACCUUGAACUGUACCAAAGACUACGAGAAGAGCCCGCACAGGAACCACAAGCACCAUAGAGUAGACAGCUCAAUAUACACCAAACAAACCAAGGACAAACGCAAAUCUAACGAGAAGUACUACCGAGCCAGCUUAGAGAACGUGUCUACAGACGUUUGGAAAGACGGAUUUGACGAACAAUCUAGUCUAAGACGAACGCGCAGCUUGGCCAUAUCCAGGGAAAACUUAUUCUACAGCUUGGACUACGUUUCCACUGAAGUUCAAGGUCAAGGUAGAAGAAGGAGAAGGUCUCAACUGAUACCUAGAGCACGGCUUAUCGACAAAAACAAAGAUUACAGAUACAGCGUAGAGAACCUCUAUUCCCCACCAAGACGUAGUAGAAGACCCUCUGAUUUAUCACCUCCAGACUACACACCUCCAGAAGAAACGUACAUCGAACAUUAUCAUCAGCAACAUCAAACCGUCGAUGAAACUUACUCAUUCCCUAAGAAGCUGAAAAAAACUGACAGCCUAGACUCAAACUCUAACAACAAAUCAUCCAAAAACGGUAUUCAGGCAUCUUACGAAGAACUAAGUUUGCCUAAUUAUUACCCUGAGGCUAGAUACGAUACUGAUAAUACAGAUAUCGUAUCUUUAACGGAUAAUAUAUCUUCGUUGUCUUUGGAUAAUCUCAGCAAGUUUAAAUAUUCUUCCUUUGAUAAUCUCGAUAUCAAGUGGGAUCGUAUAGAUCAAUCCGACAGCAUUCCUUAUGACGAAAACAUUGUACUGAGUCCGAACAAAAGUCUUUACGAAGAAAUUAAACCUAAGACUAUAAGAAAUCCUACCGAUUACCGAGAAGAUACGUACAGCAAACCCAGUAGCGAACCUUCUGUGGAAAUAAAGGAAAUUGAAGAAACCGACACAAAUCACGACGAAAUAAACCUCAAUAACGACAGUGUUGAAAAAGAAGAAACUUGCGACGAUACAUCAACAGUUGUAGAAGUAUCUUCCGACAAAACGGAUACAAUAAAAACAAUAAAAGCUGAUGAAGACGCUGAACAACAGAAAGUGAUAGCAGAAGAUAAAGAUAACACAAUAAAAGCUUACAUCGAAGGACCUGCCACCCCCCAAGACGACGAAACAUACAAAACUGUCGUAUCAGUAGACGUAUCUCCAGAAAAACAGGAGGACGAAAUACCACAUAAAUGCAAACACGUCAACAGAAAAGACCCGAAAAGUCACAGUCACAAUUAUCUAAAAGAGUUCCUUGAAACACAAAAAGGUUCUAAGAAACCGUUGCAAAACUUUAUCGCAAAGAAGUUUUCACAUCUUUCGCGCCGGCAAUCUAAGGAGGGAGGUAACUUGAUAGAGAAUCAGUUCCACUCCUUGCCAGAUAUCAGCAUUAGUAAGAAUCUAAGGAAGUGCGAGAAAAUCGACAGGAAAUUGAGAAAGUGUGAAAAAUCAGAACAUCUGAAGCAUAAAGAAGCAUUUGGCGAAAACAGAUUCAUUGUUAAUAUUGGAAGGCAUUUUGACAUUACUGCAAACAGCUCAAUACCUCUAGACUUUGAACUUAAGAUUGCUAAAAUUCCAAAGAAGGCAAAGAAGUCCAAUACCAAAACCAAAGACGAUCAAGAAUUUUUGAACGCGAUAAAAAAUUUGAAGGCAACCUUACAGAACAGCUCUGUGAAUUUUGACGAAAAUCAUAACAUUACUAAAGACAUGAAUAUUCUUAAGAGUAACGAUAAAGAUACUAAAGAAUUCAAAGACAGACUUGGCUCUAUGAGGAGCUACUGGUGUAAAAUGACGGGCAGUAGUGCAUCACACACUGAGGGAGAGACUUGCAAUGAAGACGAUAAAAAGAAUGAUAUUUGCAAGAUCGUUGAAGUGCAAACUAAAGUGGACGAAGUUAAGAAAAAGUUCGAGCAGAAACAAGAACAACCAGAGGAAAAACCACCCAGCAAAGUACAAUUGACGAAGCAGCUAUUUGAACCAAAACCGGAAAAAGAAAAAGUAGAAAAGAUAUCACCAGUUAUCAAAGAAACUUGCAACUACUUUGAAAACAACGCGCAUUUGUUCGAUACUGAGAAACCAUACGAAAGCCUUUGCCCUGCUAACGUAGAAAUAGUUGAAGCAAAACCAAAUGGCGUGUGUAGCAAGCCUAAGGAAAAGAAAGACGAAACUGAUAAUAAAAAAUGUAAAGUUACAAAAUCAAAAAGCAUUGAUCAACCAGAAUUUGAUCAUGUUCGAUACAAAAUCGUCAAAUCAGACUUAUUCCAAAAGAAAAUAUUCGCAAACUGCGAGAAAGAAUCUCAGUUCGAUGGUCUGAUUGAAUACUUGCAAAACUAUAGCUUCCAAGAGUUACUUAUAGAUAACAACAUUGUUAUUAUUGAACCGAUAAGAUCUAAGGUGCCGUACGAGCCUUCAGAAUGCGUAAAAUCAAUGAGAAAUGUCACUCCGAUGCUGCACAAGAGCAAGAGUGAAACUCAAGAAAGUGAAAAAUCAACAUUGAAUAAGCAUUUCUUCUAUAGACCAAUUAGAGUAAACAAAGAAGUGAAUGAUGAUGAACUGCCCAACCCUGAUACCGUAAGACAAGUUCGAGAAUUUUUUGAAGGAGGUGUCAAAAAAUCACGAAGCAACCAGGAUAUUUUAGCGAACAAUAAAGAAAAACAAUCUGAAAAUACCAGUGAUCCUGACAAAGACAGAUGUUCAGCAACAGAUACAAAUUCUCACUCUAGCAAUAUUUCGGACUUUGACGGGCAUGAGAAUUUGUACGACUCUAUAGACAACGAAAUAUACUGCGAAUAUGUCAGUGAAGAUAUUUUAGAAAAAAUAAGAGAACGUGGAAGCACAGUCACUUACUAUGGAGGAAGGGUUGUCAAACAGAACUCUAGUCAACCCUUGCUCACUAAAACUAUCAUGGAGGAAAUCCAAAAUAAUGAAAAGAGAUGCAACGAAUGUAAUAACUGCAUUAGGAAUAGUUGCGAUGAGAACCAAGAGUCCUUCAUCGGAAUGAAAUUCAGAAUUCUGAAGUCAAAUAGUUGCAGUAGCAGAUUAGAGCUGGUAGGGACAGAAAGUUUGCAGGAAAGUAGGAGAAAAAUGAUGACACAGCACAGAAAAACUAUGAACCAAGGAAAUUUGAGAAGGAAGAGCAACGUGAUCAACGAAGACGCAAACAACGAACAUGCCAGCAAUAUGGAUGAUAAAAAUGCAAUCAACGAGCAUAUCAAGAAGCAAAAUCAGAACCAACCCAAAAUUAUAGGUGAGGAGAUGAAGCUUCAAGAAAAUAAAAUUACUCAGUGGAAAGAGAUUAAGAAAGAUGGCAGUUGCAAUAACGUUAACUUUAACGAAAAACGGACGCAGAAGAUCUACGAUUAUUACCAUUACGAUAAAAUGAAGAGCAAGUCGAAGAAAAUCGAUGAUAUGGAGUUUGAACCAUACGAGGUUGCAGGCUAGUUUUAAGGUUUUUUUAUUGUUUAAUAAAAUUGUAUUCUUUCGUACAGGUAACGAUGAAAAUACUAAAGUUAUGAAGAAUGGAUAUAAGGAAGGUGAAGUUAUUGCAGAUGAAAGUUAAUUGAAAUAUUUUGAAUUUUUUGCGUAAAAACGCAGGUGCCUCGUUAUAAUUUUCCAUUUUUUGAUUGAAUAUUGAGAAUACGAUGAGGAUUUUCAGUAAAUAUACAAAUAUUACCAAUCAACAAAAUAUCAAAAUAUUACUCAAGUGUUUAAUACCAAUUGAGAAUUGAUUUGAAAUUCUUAGGUAACAUUUCAGUCAAUGCGAUAAGGCAUAUUGGAUAAAAUAUAGCAUAUCUCAGAUUAAACAAAAUUAUUGAGUACGAAGGAAGAUUACCAAUAUAAAAGAUACAUGUGAUUUUUUGUUUAGGAUGCAUAUUGUAUAAUAAACCGGUAUAGGGUUAAGAAAUAAUAAUUCUAUAGCAUAUUACCGUUAUUUAUUUUACCAAUUUACUUGACAUAUUGUUUACGUCUCGUUUCAAGAAACUAAGAUAUUCUCAAUAAAACUGUUGAAAUGUUA